AUGGAUUCAGCUGAUUUUGUUAAUGCUUCUUCGGUUACUGCCACAAUUAAUAGCAUUCCGAUGCUUAGUGGUAGCAAUUUUAAAACUUGGAAAAAUAAAGUGACUAUGGUAUUGGGAUGCAUGGAUUUAGACCUCGCAUUGAGGGAGCCAUGUCCUACACCUCUUAUGGAUCUAAGUUCUUCUGAUGAAUUGAAGAAAUUUGAGAGGUGGGAUCGCUCUAACCGCGUAAGUCUAAUGAUUAUGAAAAAUACCAUCCCGGAGACUUUUCUGGACACCAUGUCUGAGGAAAUUGAUGCUAAAAAGUUUCUUGAUACCCUUGAAGAGCGUUUUACUAAAAGCGAUAAGGCAGAUACAAGUGCAUCUUUAAGAAAGCUUGUAUCUAUGAGGUAUAAGGGUAACGGAAGCAUAAGAGAGUAUAUCUUGGAAAUGUUUCAUCUUUCAGGAAAAUUAAAGACACUAAAAAUCGAGAUUUCGGAAGAUUUGCUCGUUCAUUUAGUGUUGAUAUCACUUCCUCCCCAAUUUGGACAGUUUGAGGUGAGCUAUAAUUGUCAAAAGGAUAAAUGGACAUUUAAUGAGCUCAUCUCUCACUUGGUGCAAGAGGAAGAGAGGAUGAAACAAUAUAAAACUGAAAGUGCUCAUUUUGUAUCAACCUCCUCUAGUCGUGGUAAAAAGAGAAAAGAAAAAGAGAUUGCGGUGUCUGGACCACCAAAGAAGCAAAAGGGACCGUCCGUUGGACAUCAAGAAAAGAAAUGCUUCUUUUGUAAAGACCCUUCUCAUAUGAAGAAAGAUUGUGCUAAAUACCACACUUGGCGUGUGAAGAAAGGGUUGCCUGAACUACCGAAGACCUAGUGAUGAUGAGAAAUACAUCUAUAUGGGCACUGGAAAUCCGGUUGAAGUUUUAGGCAUAGGGACUUUUCGGUUGUUGUUAAGUACUGAUUUUUAUUUAGAAUUAAAUAACACAUUUAUU